GUUCUUCUUCGAUUUGUUCUUCCGUCCGUCUGUCCGCUUUCGCGUGGGGUGUAUGUACACCCGAAAUUCCGGGCGCACCUUUACCCAGAUUGGGCGUUGGUCGAGGGGCGCGUGUGGAUCUGGUCAUCUGACUCUUUUCCUUCCACUUUCUUGUUUGAUUUGUGUUUUCUUGUCGUUGGCUUCCUCCCGUUUCCAGCUUCCCCGAUUCGUCUCUUUCUCUCGUCGUCGGAGAACAGCUCCUUCGUAGUGUGUCAAAAUGGGUUCCCCUUUCGCUUACACGACAGAGUCGGUCUCCCUGCUCGCCUCUGUGGACCUCUCGUGCUGCCGCUUCUGGAAGACUACCGAGAGAUUCAGGCGACGAAGAUCCCUGCCUACGCGUUGUCUCUCGUCUUUCGCCUUUGCGACAUCUCGUCGCUCUCUCCCCUCCCCUUCUUGCUUCGUUCGUCCGACCUUUCCCUGUCGCCGUCACUUCUCUUCUCUUUCCUCUUCACCUGCGUCAUCUCGCCGUCUGCCUUCUUUCCGGUGUCGGUCCUCCCUCCUCUCUGCUGCGUCUCCAUCCCUGCCUUUCUCUCCUUCCUCUCACAGCACUAUCUCUCCUCCCUCUCAGGGACUGCUGUCUGCUUCCUCUCAUAGAUCUCCCCCUCCUUCUUCUCACAGAUUUCUCUCUUCUUCCUCUCACAGAUCUCUCUCUCCUUCUCCUGUUGUACGCGUGCCUCAUUGUUUCAAAUGGAGAAGAGCUCUGCCAAGUUCCUCAGAGUCUUCUGUUUCCUCCUCUCCCCACCAACGGACAGACAAGCCGCCAGAGCGCCAGUUGUCGCUCAAUCCGCUCUCGCCUGGCGUAGUCCUUUGGCCCGUUCUCCGUGCUGUCACCACCGCCUCGGCUUCUCACAGGGUCUCUCCUUGGCGGCUGCCGCGGUGGACAUCACCUUCACCCCGCGUCUCUUCUUUCAGCCUGAACCCAACGCACUUCUCUGUCUGUAAGGGAGGCGUUCAUGUCUUUUCGCGACGCUUCCACAGUCCUCACACCUCAAGAAAGCCGACGACAGCUUCCUUCUCUUCUUCGUCUUCUUCUCGACUCUCUUUUGUCUCUCCUUCUGGAUGCGCGUCGCCGCGAAGAGCCUCGGUUCUCCGACGCGACGUCGCUGGCGCGUCUGUCUCUCUUGGCUGCGCCCAAGCAGCGAGGGUCACCUUCCCUCUCACGAACUCUUCUUCUUCUCCGUCUUCUUCUCCUCUUCCACGCCGUGACUCACUUGCUCGUUCUCCUCUCUCUGUGUCGUCUCUCUCUCCUUCCUUUUCCUGCUGGUCUGCGUCGUUGGGUUCUGCUGCAUCCUCUGCAUCUGCUGCGCAUCCUCCGGUGUCUGCGUUUUCUCGCGUUUUCUCUCGCGCUCUGCGACACCGCGUGCUGCCUUCCUCUCUGCCGAAUCGUCUGUUCUCUGUCGACAACCGCGAAACGACCCGCUUCUGGCCGCCGCCUCUGCAGAAGGAAGAAGACGAACGUCGGGGGGCCUUCGUGGAAAGCUGCCUGCAACCGUCCGGAAAGGCUUCGCUGCUCCAGCCGCCUCAAUGCCUCCCGCGAGCGCCUUCGCACCUCGCCAAGCUCAUGGAGGAGGAGGAGCGCCUUCGGCUGUACAGACACCUGAAAAAGGAGGAACGUGACGCCGCGACGCUCAACAAAUUCGGAAUUUGGGCCGGAGAGCCCAUUGCCGAUACCCCUGCGGCGAAGAUGCAGCCGCUUGUCGCUCGGACAUGCAGGCAGACGAUGCGUCAUCUGCAGCAGAUUGAAAUUGAGAGAUUAGACAAACAGCGAAACUUCCAGGUUCCUCUCUUCGGCCCGGGAGACUUGAUGGAAGUGAAGUAUGAGCUCUCUCGCUCUCAGCAAACGUUUGCGACUUUCCAGGGCUACUGCGUGGAGGUCAGAAAGAAGCGCCUGAACUCUUCCUUCGUGCUGCGAAACUCCUAUGAGGGAAUUGGCGUCGAGCAACGCAUUCCUCUCUACUCGCCGCGAAUCAUCUCUCUCAAGGUCGUCAGCAGCUGUGCGUCGCCUACUCAAGAUUUUCUUCUCGAACGCCACAAACCUCUGACGCGCGACUAUCGCUACAAAUGGAAAUACAACUUUCGCGGGCGAUGGAGUCGCCGAAUCGGCAAACAUAAACCUGGCAUCCGUUCUGUGGAAAAGAAGAUUCGGCAGAGAAUCGUCAGAAUCCGCAAGCGGUACAUGGGCCAACGUAUCGAGGCAGGCCUGCCUCCCUAUGUAUGGGGAGGGCCUUAUCCCCAGUACGGCCGAAAGCGUUCUCUCUUCAUUCGUGGAGAAAUGUAUCGUCGGAUGCUUAUCUACUCCUUUGACGAGAGGCGUAGGCGUGCAGAGAAGCUCCGGAAGCGGAGACAAGCCGUCAAAUGGGGUGUCUUCAAACUGCGUCAACCUUCGGUGCCGCCUGCGCUUACUGCCUUGCCGACAUAUCACCCGCUGUACCCUGGAAAUCUUCCGAAGUGAAGCCAGUGUUCCCUGCCGCGAAGCGUGCACUGCUGAGGAAACUGCAUGCAGUCGUUUUCAGGAAAGAAAAGAGCCUCUCUCUCGAGGACACUUCGUUCGUUCUUUCGCUUGUGCGACUCCUUAACGCCCCUCCUACGAAGAGGUUUUUACCUUGAUGUACGCACGUAUAUACAGGUGCCUCUCAUCCUCGUGAACUCGAGCGCAUCCGUGUCUAUUCGUACAACCUAUUGUGACGGUCUGUCGCUUGUCAGCAUGCGGAGGGAGCUGUGUUCUUCUCGCGUGCAUCUCUCUCCCGGUCGUGUCUGGUUGAACCGUUCUGUUGACUUAUUUCUCUCGGUAGUUUGCAUGCGUCCUAACGCAAAACUCGAAACUCGUUUUCCCCACCACAUCGUGAGAGACGCUUCUCUCGGUGCUCGGCCGGCAUUUCCCUUUUGCCGCUUCCCGAUGGUGUCUUCCCCUCGUCUGUGUCUCCCUGUAAAAGAAUCCGAGUGGUGCGUUUCACAAGGAACUGCCAACGGAAUCGAAUGAACAAACGAACAAAGUUGGCCGGCAGGCACAUUGCAUGCAUCCACCGCCAAAAACCUGACAGGAG